CGUCUAACAACACUGCUCCCAUUAUCUGUACUCCUCAGUUGCCUCAGUUUGCCUCAGUUGUUUGCCUCAGUCGCACGUCAACGGUAACAUGAACACGCUUCUAUACACGCUGUUAGUGCUUGCACAUUUCUUACAUAGCCUAUACUUGGCGAUUUGCAACACGUGCAUUGUGGUAUACCGGUGGUUCACACAGUCCUGGUACAGAACGGCGGAAUUCGACGUGCUCGUCCACACGCUCGCGAGAUUGAGCAAGACACCUAGGCACCUGGUGAUCGUACUCGGACUGUACGACGAGUCCGUCCUGGACUUGUGUGUGCGUAUAAUUGGAUGGUGCAUUACACUUGAUAUACCUUACAUCAGCUACUUUGAUCAUAACGGUUUCUUGAAGAAGAAUGAAGUUAAUCUUAAAGAGGAAUUUGCGAGGAAAUGGCCUGAUCUAGUAGAACAUAUUAUUUGGAAUUCACACGCAAAAGCACCUAGUCAAAAUGGAACAACUGCGCAAAUUUCUGUGUUUACAUACAGAUAUAUAAUAUCAAUAUCAACAUCAAAUUGGUUUUUUACCAAUUUGAUCAAAGAAGCUGAUGUAAGGUAUAUGAAGUGUAAUGCACCAUUCAAUUAUACGCACACACAAGUCCAGGACGGACUCGUCGUACAGUCCGAGUACGAUCACCAGGUGCCUAGGUGUCUUGCUCAAUCUCGCGAGCGUGUGGACGAGCACGUCGAAUUCCGCCGUUCUGUACCAGGACUGUGUGAACCACCGGUAUACCACAAUGCACGUGUUGCAAAUCGCCAAGUAUAGGCUAUGUAAGAAAUGUGCAAGCACUAACAGCGUGUAUAGAAGCGUGUUCAUGUUACCGUUGACGUGCGACUGAGGCAAACAACUGAGACAAACUGACAAUGAGGAGUACAGAACAUAUAUGGGAGGCUGAGGAGAACCAAGAGAACUAGAACGCCUUCCGCCUCCAACCUAUAUCGAUGAAAGGAUAAAAUCAUGGAGUAGGAGAAUAGGAGGCUAAACUGA